UUAUAGAGCAGGCAGCUCCCUCCCAGAGAGAGAGAGACAGAGACAGAGAGACUCAUCCAGAGCCUGAGUGGACCCGAGAGAGGCUGUCCCAGAGAGUUCCCUCUGCCCCCUGACAGCAUGAAGACUGAAGCCAGGUUCUUGGAGCUGGAGAAUGGGGGGCUGCUGCCCAUCAGGGAGUCCGGCUCCAACACAAGCUGUUUCUGGCGGACUCUGUGUGCACUCGCUGUCCUCGGCUUGUUGCUGCUUUCUACCUCUCUCCUCCUGCUUCAGUUUGGAGUGCUCCCUACAAACCAGGAUUCAGGAUUAAAGCUGGAAGUCUCCCAUCCCUCACUGACAACAGCUGCUCAGACCAGCGGUUUGCCUCGACUCCUGCAGCAGGUGGGGAGUGACCCCCGGCCGAGAAUCGCAGCUCACCUGACAGCUUCCCCAACCAGCAAAGGAGGGACCGUGAUUUGGCAGAAUGAGAGUGACUCCACCUUCACCGAGGGGCUGGAGUUCAGGGACAACCGUCUCAUCAUCAAGAGGCCUGGACAGUACUUUGUCUACACCCAGGUGGUCUUCCACAGCAUGGAGUGUCAGCCCCAGGCCGUCUACCUGAGCCACGAACUCACCAAGCUGUCGCCAAGUUAUCCCGAGGAAGCCAUCCUACUGAAAGCCACCAAAUCCGCCUGCCACUCUCACCAACGCAAGGAGCCCUGGUACAAAACCUCCUACCAGGGAGCCAUCUUUGAGUUCCUGGAGGGAGAUCAGAUCUUCUCCAGGGUUAACGAGGAGACAACGGGAUAUGUCGACACAACCGAAGGGAAGACUUUCUUUGGAAUAUUUGCUGUCUAAUUCUCCCGGGACAUGCAGAUUGAUUAUCAAUGACUGAUCAAGAAUUUCACAUUGAAAUUCAGUGCAAACUGACAAAGACACAUUGUCUUCUUAUUGUUACUUGUGUACAAACUAGAUUCAUUUCUCUUGGAUUUGAUUUCAAGAGUUUCCAACAACAGAAGGUGUCAGAUGUGUGUGGCUUUGAGGAUUGGCUGGUGCAGUGAUGUAUCAGAGUAAAUAUCCAGUGUUGCAAUUCCAGCUUUGUACAAAACACAGAAUGGGAUUGGUCAGGGAAUCUGUGCUUGCCUCCAGCUAACAUCUAGGCUUGAGGGACCGAAUGGCCUCCACCUGUCACUAUAAUGUCCCUGCUUCUAACAUCCCUUUAACACUGGGCCCAGGUGGAGGUGACUCACUGCUGUGUAACACUGAUCCUGUUCAAUGAAUGAAUGUGGUUGGAACAAUGUGAAGGGAGUUGUUCAGAAAUUGCAUUCCAAAUCUGCUGUUUCUGAUUGUCAUGAACACAAAUCCUCACAGAUCGUAUAAUUUAUUUCAUAUUUAAAUUGUGUUUUCUGUUCCUCACUUUAUUUGAAUUAGUCC